GCCUUUGUAUGCUUUACGACCUUGAGCACUUUUGGGGAUAAAAAGGCUGCUUUAACUGACCAAAAGCAGCUCAUUCUUUUGACUGUCCGGUGCUCUUCUUAGAGACUGUUGACUGCUCUUGAAUCAGCUCUUGCAAUUGCAAUAAAUCUUACUUUGGAUAUUUCCACGAAGUAUGGUCUGGUUGUAAGACGACGGUUGGGACGAACGAAAGAGUUACAACUCAACAUUUGGCGCUGCGAGCAGGGUCUCAAGACGUUACAUCAAGGAACGAGGAGUCGAAUAAGAGGUCAAGCAGUUGUCGAGAACAGCAUCCGAGAAACAGGCCAACAAGGGAAGACAAUAUACUUGGACACGACUCCUGCAAGGAUUCGUGAAUUCCCCUACCAUAUUCUCCACAACACUACAAUCACAGUUACGAAAAAUUAAGUUAAAAGAGGGAUCUACGGUAAUACAGUACAUUGACGAUUUGUUGUUGGCUAGUUCCAGCAGGGAUGCAAACGAGAAAGGCAGCGUUCAAUUGCUUAACGAGUUAAAGAAUCUCAGCAGUAUCAUUCACAGGUCCAGAACCUACACAAGGAGGGAGGCGGACAGACGGAAGAUUCGAAGGACGUUGGUCCUCGGAUACAAGCGGGAGACUACGUCUUGAUUCGCAACUGGACCCACAAAAAAUUGGAACCCCGGUGGAAUGGGCCAUUUCAAGUGCUGCUAACAACACCGACUGCUGCCAAGCUACAAGGACGAGAGAAAUGGGUUCAAUUGAACCACUGCAAAAGACUUACGUAUACAUAAUGAUAUUAUGUUGUGUAAACAUAACACAUGGAAAGGACGUGUACAUGACGUUUACUAACCUGACUAACCAAACUUUAGCAUUAGAACCAGGGGACGCUUUCCAACAACUGUUAGCGAUAGUGUCGAUACGUAAGGGAAAUGAAGAAGAAUUGGUUUAUUUGGAAAGUCAGAAUGGUAACACUAACUGUAGCCGCAGAAAUGAAACUUCCUGCAGGUUUACUACAGGAACUGGUAUUACAUUACAAACGGGAUGCUGUAACAUGCAAUAUACCAGAUUGGGAGACUUGACAUGCAAAAAGGAUACAGGAAUUAGAGCUAAAAUGGACCUUUUAGAUGGGAAUGCCAAAACUAAUAAUAACCUGGUCAUGACUAAACACUUAAGGGUUAAUUAUCAAAAACACUCAGAGAAGGAGAAUUUGUUCCUUCAGUAUUUGGGCUUAGUAAGGCAAUAUGCCAACAACAGUACGAGAAGGGUGAUAUGCAUGCCACAGCCUCGCUCUGUAGGUUCCGGUAUAACAAUGAUGGCUAUUGCCUCUACUGACUGUGAUUUAUGUUACCUGACAGCCAACGAAAGAAAUAAUUGUAGUAUUAAUAUGAAAGCUAGUCGUUAUACACCCAUCACCUGUUUUCAAGGGGAAGAAGAUAAAACAAACCCCUCCGAAGACUGCAUUAGAUGUGAUGAUAUGCCACCAAGCAUGGAGGUUAAGAUAGUACCAGUUUUUGAAUGGUGUCUGGAAAACUGGGACAGAAAGGGUUUUGCUCCCAAUAACAACAAUUAUAUGCUAAUGACUGGAAAGGAAUUAGGACAACUGCCUUCCUCUAAAUGUAGCGUGAUAGUCCAGGGGGACUCAAUAAUCCCUGAUGCGAACCCUUUAGUGUCUAAUGCCAAGGGAAUAGUUAAACCAGUAUCACAGUGCCUUCAGAGUAUUACACCAGCACUGGCCAAGGUGAUAUUAAUGUCACAUUCCUGUUCUAUUCAAACUCCAGAUGAACUUCAUUGGAUAUGUGGAGAUACAGCCUACAAAUGGUUGCCUAAUGGGUGGCUCGGAAGAUGUGGUCUAGCUUAUGUAGUGCCUUCUUUCAGGUACACCAGCGAUACCCCAGAAGAGGAUGCUCGAGUAACACAGAUGAAAAGGUUAAAACAAAAAGGACUACAUCGGCAUAAGAGGAGUAUGCGAUGGUACGACAACCAAUGGUAUACAGAACUGUUAUCCACCUUCGUUCCACUAUAUGGAACAGAGGUGUCACUAGCAGAAAUAAGAGCCCUUGCAGGCAACCUUCAAGAAAUGUCAAGAGCUACAUCAUUGAGUAUUGAUCGUUUAAAUAAAGAACAACAAGCCAUCAGAAAAAUGACAAUGCAGAACAGGAUGGCGUUAGACAUGACUUUGGCCACUCAAGGAGGAGCAUGCGCUAUAAUUGGUCCAGAAUGUUGCUCCUGGAUAAAUGAUUAUUCAUCAAAUAUAACUGAAGAAAGUGAAAAAGUCAAGGAAGCAGGUGAUGAGGCAGGGGACAUUGAUAAACAUAAGGGUAGUUGCGGCUGGUCACCAUUCUGUUGGAUUGGCACUAUACGGAAUGGAUGGGGAACUGCAAUACUAGAGUGGAUAUUUUGGAUUUUGGCAUUGCUAUUAGUAGUUAAAUUAGUAUAUGGUUGUGCAACGACUUGUACUAAGGAGGAAAUAAAUAGAGAGUUAGUGGAACGACAAGUAAACAGGGACAGGAAAUAUUGGAAGGAUGAAAAUGGUACGCAGGAGGUAUAAGCAACAAUUUGGUGUUAUCAUAUGGGAUAUGAUAAAAGGAGGGAAUGUGAAAUUGUAGUGAAAUUGUAGAAAAAUCUUUUAUACCUAGAAAUAAUGUUAUGCCUUUUUAAGUCAAACAUUAGCUGAAACAUUAAAAAAACAAGUCCUGGGAAAACUCAGACUUGGCAAUGCCAACUGCAUCCUUAUCUGGGUGGACAUUCCAUGGAAGCAGAGAAGCAGUAACUUCUGCAACUUUGAAAUGAAUAGGUCAUUGUCUGACACAAACACCAUCGGGAGAUAAACUUAUGCCUCUAACGUCCCUGAAUCCUCCCCUAACCUGAGAUCCCUUCCCUCGUUAUUUCUUACUCUGUAUUAUAAAUUUUAAAGGUUGUAUUCUUGUUAGAUAGCUUUAGAUUGGAUCUUGUAUACUUUAGACAACGGUAUUAAUCAGGUACAUAUUCUAUGCCAAUUAUAUUUGAUUGAUAUUUUAAAGAAUAAUAAUCAACAUGAAUGGAUACUAAUUAAGUAGAUGACAUUUAACCUUGUCUACAGAUAUAGAUCGAUUGACGUCACCAUUCGAAUAGUCGUUGGAACUACAUGAUUGAUAAAGUUUUUUUAAUUGCCUUUGUAUGCUUUACGACCUUGAGCACUUUUGGGGAUAAAAAGGCUGCUUUAACUGACCAAAAGCAGCUCAUUCUUUUGACUGUCCGGUGCUCUUCUUAGAGACUGUUGACUGCUCUUGAAUCAGCUCUUGCAAUUGCAAUAAAUCUUACUUUGGAUAUUUCCACGGAGUAUGGUCUGGUUGUAAGACGACGGUUGGGACGAACGAAAGAGUUACAACUCAACAAAGUUACACCGCAGGAAAGUCGUAAUAGGUUCUCCCAGGUGCUAAACAAUCUGGUGAUUAGAUCAUUUAGUGCA